AGUCAGAUGCGCAUGCGACGUGAUAUACGCGUGGUAGCGAGUCCACGCCUCGCAAGACUUGACCGCCUCCUUAAGUACAAACUCUGAGCACGUGGUUUGAUCCUUGCAAAUAUUUGAGUCAUAGGUAGGGACAUGCGAACAACCUCCUCGUGCCUUGCCUAUGGCCUCGGCAGACGACUUCCCUCUCUGUCUUCGGUGUAUCGCAUUCGAACCAAUUAAAUCCGCACGUAAAGAAGGCUCGCACUUGGUACUUGUUUCAUUCUACACUCGCCGAACAACGUGACGUAUCUACAUACGCACUGUGCAAAGUGUGUCCAUGACGUAGUUUGAGGCAAAGCCAGCAAGGCAAGGCCACGACCUCCUAUCGCAUUACAUUGCCACGCCAUACCAUACCUACCUAUCCGAUCGUGAUAUUAUGUUAUUACAAAUCAGCGGUCAUAAUGAAAUACGUUUGGCAAUUUUUAGCAGACCUCGCCGUGGAGUAGCAAUCUCGGAUAAUUCGCUGAUGGUCAACGUUUAAAUUUACAGUAAAAUAUCAUUUUCGAGGGCAUGAACUCACAUCAGUUCUGUUUCAUUUACCAUUUACUCGCCUAUGAUGACAAUUCACUCGCAUGCAAUUCGUCCUCGUUGUACCAGCAAAUUAUGAUGCAUUACGUAUUCCAGGUCUCAGAUCUUCCGAUACUCUCAUAUGCUGUAUCAAAUCAUCGCACGCAAGAGCGAUAAUGUGCCUGCGUAACAAUGAAUGUUAACAAUAAAUUAGUUGCACAGGUGUAAGUUCUGGUUUCACAGGUAAUUGAAUGCGGGUGGUCGGAUUUCUGGUACUCAUCGUCAGUUGCUGCUUCCCGCGAUUCGAUUCGUUUCCACUCGUAUCUAUUUUAGAGGCUGCUCGAUUUCGUCUUAUCAAAAGUUCUCUGCUCGUCUAAAUACAGCUCGCUUACGUGUAACAUACAAGUAACGUAAUUAGUCAGUCUUCGGUGCCUCUGAUGCGCACGUACGCAGAGGUAACCUGGUAACUGGGGCGGAUGUUUGAAAAUUUUAUGGCCGCGUGAAAAAUAUACACGCCCGGAAUAUGAGCCUGAGAAUAUUAUCUCUUACCGCGAUCACCUGUAAAUUUGUUCGUUUAACCAUCUAAUGAUCGCAUGUUGUCAGCAGCUCGCUCGCAUAAUAUCGAAUCUUUUAACAUAAUCAAUUCGAGUGCAAACGAUUCUCAAGAAGCGGAAAAAUAUUUGAAUUGUCUUCGUAACUAAUCGGUUCAUCAUCCGUAUUGCCCGACUAUACGUGAAAUCGUAGGCAACGUCUUUACAACUGCUACGUGAAUUGGCCCAGCUUUGGUCUCCUCGGUAUAAAUGAAAUAUAUUGUCGGUACUGGUAUAUGAUGCAUAAGCGGCAUAGUAGCAACGUGUUAGCGUAAUUAGCGUCAGUCGUAACGAUUGACCGAGAAUAUGAAUGAAGUAUCGAGUUUGUCGAGCUUUGCUUUAUCUCCAGGACUAACAAUGAGGUACCGAUUGUGAGAACGUGUUUGCGUAUUCAUAGGUAUAUCAUGUAACUUCAUGGAAUGUCGGACCGCGGUCAGCGAUUAUAUAACGCGCCUAUAUGCGGCAACCGCGAAUAAACAUGCGAGCUUCGGUGUGUAUUUGCACGGAUCGCGAAUUUCAACUGAAAAUUUACCAAGCCUAACGAAUUUUCAUCCCUACGUAUAGCCCAACAACACCAGCUACGUACAUGGCAAUCGCUACUCGUAGCAAUUGUUGGUGGUUAUUACCAGUUGUACCGACCACGAAUUUCUACGUCAUUGUUAUCAAUCUAAUUGAUGAGAUUUUAUAUUCCCUGAAACUUGGAAAAACGUACCGAUUAGUGAUCGUAAUUCUGAGGGGAGCCAGUAUACCAUACCAAGUAUUUCGCUCCACUUGAUCUUGUGUAAUGAAAGUCGACGUUCUUUUCUUUGCAUUUACCCAAGUUUUAGAUCCUCGAUCUGAAUCUGCUUCCUUUUUCUCGGCUCUAGUUAUUGCCUAUAGUUUCGAAUGCAUCUAGACCCACGAUGAAAGUACCUUGGUGCGUCGUUUACCUUGCGGUCACUCGAAUUAUCGGCAUAAUAUUUCGUAGAGCAUAUACUGAAAACAUAUGCAUAUACAUACAUGGGACAGGUAUGACUUUCUUGGGACCAGAUUGAAAGACCUCCAUCCCAAAUCGGCUGCAGUUAUGUGAACUUGUUUUUUCAAAUCUUUUGCUACCUUUUACAGCGUUGCCUCCAGAUGUAUUUUUUUUCUCAUCGCGCCCGAUGCAGGGGCACGUCAAACGGUGCUGCGUAUGUUCUCUGUUGCGUUGUUACAGGAUCGCUCGAGUAUCUUUGCAGCGCGUAGCUGCAUUCAUCUAAAAAAUCCCACGGAGAGCGAUCCUCGGAGCCAUGAUGUUUCUGGCUUGUAUGUUCUCCUAUGUAUUAAGAACGAAUCUUUCGAUCACUAUAGUGGCCCAGGUCGCGCAGUUGAAGGGCACGAAACCGGGACCGGCUUGCGAAAACUUGGAUUUUAUCGGAAACAAUACCCGAAACGUCACCAAGGGGCUUCCAGACUAUGGCGAACGAUUCGAGUGGAAUCAGAACAUUCAGGGACUGCUGUUGUCCGGAUAUUUCUACGGAGUAAUUCCGGGCAGUAUUCCGUCUGGUUAUUUAGCAGAAAAAUUUGGAGGUGCGAGGGUCGUUGCGGCGCCGUGUAUCCGGCCUUGCACGCCAUGAUCGCUAGAUGGGUUCCACCUGGCGAAAAGGGCAUGUUCGUCUGGAGUAUGCAAGGUGGACCCUUUGGUACCGUGGUAACAUUUGCUCUUUGCGGUGCCGUCAUUAGUUCGCUCGGCUGGAAGGCCGCCUAUUAUGUGACGAGCGGUUUGAUUCUGGUAUUUUGGGCCCUUUGGGUAUGGCUAAUCUACGAUACUCCGGAUAAACAUCCCGGAAUAACAGAGAAAGAAAAGUUGUACAUCAAAGAAGAAAUCGGGUCUACGGUCAGCAAACAAAAGAACAAGCCUCCCGUGAAAGCGGUGCUCACGUCCGUGCCAUUUCUCGCUCUGCUCUGGGCUCAUUUUGCCAACAUGUGGGGUAUUUAUUUCAUAGCCACGAAUGGACCAAAGUAUACUCUGGAAGUUCUCGGCUUUAAUAUGGAAUCCGGAGGAAUUAUAACUGGACUCCCCUACAUCGCUCGACUCGGAGCCGGUGCCGCUUUUGCCGCAAUCGGAGAUUACUCAAGGAAGAAGAAUUACUUGACCGUCAAUGCGCUCCGCAAGAGCUUCAUGUUUUUCUCUCACUUCGGUCCAGCAGUUUGCCUAAUCGCGAUGACAUACGCUGGAUGUGAUCAAACCUGGGCGGUGGUGAUGCUGAUAUUCGCGCUGGGUUUCAACGGCGCCGCCUGUCAAACGAGUCUUCAGAAUCACCAGGACUUAGCUCCUAACUACGCCGGGUCGCUUUACGGUGUGAUGAAUACCAUUGGCAGUUUUCCCGGCUUCAUUCUUCCAUCGGCUAUCGGGGCGCUCACAAAUAAAAGGAAUGGCGUAGAAGAGUGGCGCGUCAUGUUCUGGAUUUCUGCGGCUAUUUUCGCAUCGGCGACAUUACUUUUCUGGUUCUUCGGAUCGGCAGAGAUUCAACCCUGGAACUACGAGAAUCCAGCUGGAGCUGCUGCCGCUGCCGCUGCUCUUCCCGAGGAAGAAAAGCAAAUGACCAACGGUAGCAAAGGGGCCCAACUCUCGGGCGACGAUGAGGAGGAAGAAAACGCACGACUCUAGGCUCUGACAAGUCCACCAUGCACUGCCUUCGAAGAGAGAUAUUUUUCUAAUUUAUUGAAAAGAACGGGAAUCAACUGAAAACUACCGAAAAGAUAAAAUUGAAGUGAAACCAUUAGUACUUAUUACAAAUGCAUCGCACAUCAUGAAUACUUGCCAUUCCACAUUAGUACUGAGAACCAUCAAUUCGUUAUGCGUAUACUAACUGUACGGGCAUUUAUUUAUUCCUAAAAUUCUAUUUUAGACUCGAACGGUUUUAGCCACACUUAAUACGUCGAUAUUUUUUAUAGUAUCACCACCCAUACCAAUGUUUAAAAUGUUAAUUGAUUUCCCGGACACAAGUAACUAGUAAUGUACAUUGCGCAAAUUUCUGUAUGUUGUCUUCUGCGUAAUACACUUUAUUUUAGCUAUGCUAUGUAUAUAUGGAUGUAUGCAAGUGCGUAUGUUGCGUGUAUGCAUGCUUGCCGGGUGUAAUGAGAUACGUUCCUGUUAGGUAUACUCUGAACACCGAAAUUUACAUUCUCUAUUAAUUCACGUAAAAUGCUGAUUCAUCCACUCCAGAAUUACCAAAAAGGUUGCCGCCGCCCCGUCAUGGUAAUGACGAGUCUGCAGUAUACCUGACUUUUAUUACCAUUUGAAAGUUCGUUGGGCCGUGAUUUACAUAUAGUUCAAUCUGGUGCCAAAGCAACCGUAUGUCUAGCGUCGAUUGAGGCUGAUAUAAAGUUUAUAAUUGUAUGUAUGUACGUACCUACAUACGUGUACGUGGCCAAAUGCUAACGUAAGUUUAGGUAGAUGUUAGGCAAUGUUAGUUAAUUUACUACUCAAUGUAUCUAGGUGUAAGAAAGCCUUUUGGCGGAUGGUGGAGAGUGAAGUUCGAGGAGACAACUUUUGAAUAUUAACGUGGCGGAUAGAUGCGGCGCGUCGCGCCGCAAAUGAAUAAAGAAAUGGCAUUUCCUUGAAA